AUGAACGGGCCUGUGAGCUGUACCGGGGAGGAGGCGGUGUGGGAGAGAGCAUGGAGCCUGGAGGAGAUCGGAAGGAGCAGUGACAGCUGGUCUCUGGGGGCCGAUGCUGGGCUCUUGAAUUUUCUCAAGGAAUUCUCCCAGCAAACUAUAUCAAGAACACAUGAGAUUGAGAAACAACUGGAUGGACUGGUCCGUGAAGUAAAGGCCACUGACUGCAGGCUACACAAUGUCUUUAAUGAUUUUCUUAUGCUGUCCAACACACAGUUCAUUGAAAAUAGAGUGUAUGAUGAAGAGGUUGAAGAACAUAUUGUAAAGUCUGAGCAAGGAGAGAAGCCUGAACAAGAAAAGACCAGAGAACAAAAGGAAGCGGAAUUGAUUCCAAAAAUUCAGGAAGCUGUGAAUUAUGGAUUACAAGUACUGGAAACGGCAUUUGAGCAGCUAGAUAUCAAAGCAGGAAAUUCUGAUUCUGAGGAUGAAGAAGUAAAUGAAAGAGUUGACCUUAUUCUGGAACCAAAGGAUCUCUACAUAGAUCGGCCACUACCUUAUUUAAUUGGAUCACAAUUGUUCAUGCAGCAAGAGGACGUUGGCCUUGGAGAUCUGUCAAGUGAAGAAGGCUCUGUAGAUAUUGACAGAGGAAGCAUCCUAGACAGUGAAGAAGAGGAGGAGGAAGAAGAAGAAGAAAAAGAUAAUGAAGAGGAGUCCGAUGAGGAUUUUGGCAACAACUCUGAAGAGGAUAAGAAAUUGCGUACAGCCCUGAGUGAUGAGGAUGAAGAUAAUGGAUCAGAUCUGUUUGGAGAAUCAGACAAAGAAGAUGAGGAGGAGAAUGAUAAAUCUGCAAAGACUAGAACUAAAUCUUUUGCUGAUGAAUUGGCUGCCCGGAUACAAGCAGAGAUUCCAAAAAGACUAGAGACAGAUGAGUCAUUUAUAUCAUCAUCAUCAUCAGAAGUCAAAACAAAGAAAGAAAAAGAGAAAAAAGAAUUUAGAAAACUUCCUUCUGAUGAUGAAGAUGAUGACAUGUUCAAACCACCCAAACUUACUGAUGAAGACUUCUUUGGCAAUAAAGGAGGUCUCUUCAGUGGAGGAAAGGGGCUUUUUGAUGACGAUGAUGAUGAAGAGGGUGAUCUUUUCUCCGACCUCCAGACUAAAGAACGCAAGCCAGCAGAGCCAGCACCAGUCGCCAGACCUGAAACAUUGCCAUCUGAUGUGAAAAAGAAGCCACCAUACGGAGGGGUUUCUCUUUUCCCAGGGGGAGAGAAUGUGAUAAACCCCUCUAUCUUGGCAGACAAAGAUAAAAGAAAGAUUACUACUCCUACAGAGGUUUCUCCAAAGCCUGUGACAAACGCAAGCCUGUUUGAUGAUGACGAUGUAAUGUUUGGUGGAUCAGCUCCAGCCCAACCUGCAGCCAAAGCCAAAAACCAGCUGCUGAUUUAUUUGCUGAUGAUGACGACUUAUUUAAUGACCACCCUUCUAUGCCUCCUGCAACAGUUACCAAAAAAUAAAGUUGCUGCAGACCUGGACAAAAAAAAUAUACAGAUUCCUACAGAAAAACCUCAACCACCUGAACCUUCAAUCAAAAAGCUGGCCAAGGGUUUGUUCUCUGAUGAGGAUGAUUCAGAGUCAGAUUUAUUUUCUCCAAGUCAAACUGCCAGCAAACCUAAAGCAUCAACAUCAGUGGCACCAACAAGCAAGACCAGUAAAGCCUUGUCUCUCUUUGAUGAUGAAGAUGAAGAUUUAUUUGGUUCUGCACCAGAAAAUAAGCCAAUACCUGCCACUACUAAACCAGCUCAGCAGCCUGUAUUACCCACAGCCUCAGAAAACCAGAAGUCCGCUCUAUUCAACAGUGAUGAAGAGGAGCCAAUAAAAGUCCCUAAUGACACUAAACCAGUUGAGAAGACGAACUUAUUAGUUCCACCAAAAUCAAAAAAGGAGGAAAAAAAUGAGAAAAAAUCCAGCUUGUUUGAAGACAAAGAGGAAGAUGAUCUAUUUGCUAUUACAAAAGACAGCCAGAAGAAGCAUCAUCGAGUUUCUCUCUUGUUUGAGGACGAUGAAAACAGUCAAGAGCCUUUAUUUUCAACAGCAGGGAGCUCCAGUAAAUCCACAGGCCAAACUUUGGAACAAUCGAAGACCAUGAUUCCUGUAAAAAUAGAUGCAGAGAAGGUAUCUUUCUUUGAUGACAUAGAUAAAAAACCCGAGUCUAAGGCUCCCGUUCUAGCUUUUGAAGAUACAAUGCCCCCUGCAGUGCAAAAGAACGAUACGGUAAAAUCAGUUUCUGUGAAAGAGUCAGAUGAUUUGUUUGCAGAUACACCACCAACUCUUAAACAUACAAAGACUAAGAGCACCAAUGUGCUGAGUCUUUUUGGAGAGGAGGAUGAUGAGGAUCUGGAAGAUCAGCUUUCAACCAGUGUUUCUUCGAAGGAUUCUGAAACGGUCUCCACUGACAAAACCACACAGGCAAAGAGUACACGUGUGUUCCAAGAUGAGGAACUUCUCUUCAGUCAUGAGCUACAAAAAGAUAAUGAUCCGGAUGUAGACCUCUUUGCCAGUACUAGUAAGAAAUCUACUGAGAAACUAAGUGCUGCUAAACAACUGGAUGGAUUAGGAUUGUUUGGAGACGAGGAUGAAGAUGAUCUUUUUAGUGCUGUGAAGCCUUCGAAAGAAAAGAAAACCGUUCUCAAAAAUGACAGUUUGGAUCCGCCCAAAGAACCCAGCAGUUUGAACGUAAUAAAGAAGGCAACAAUAGUAAAAGCAGAAGGUGGAGAGGCAAAUUUGCACAUCAACCCAUCAGCAUUGUUACCUGGUGCAGUUCCUAAACUGUCUGGUGUGAGGCAUGUGAUUCCAGAUGCAGAUAUUUUAAGUUUACCUGUUGCAAAGAGCAGUCAAAGUUUGGAUGUUGGCAGAAAAAGUGUGGAAGGAGCAAGCUUUGAGAGCCCUGCACAGGUGGACACCCUUCAUAGUGCUAACAAGUCUCGUGCCAAGGUGGGUGGAAAAAGGAGACCUCCUACAAGAAUGGGCCGAAAACGAGCGUCUCAAGAUUCUGGUGAAGCUGAAGACCUUAGCGAUUCAUCAGCAAUAUCUCCCACACAAGAUACAUUAUCUGAAGCAGCACCUGCCGAGUCAAGCUGGCAACUAGAUAAAGAGGAGCCUAUUCCCAGCAUGAAGCUGUCAUUUUCUGAGAACGAUGUACAGUCCAGAACAAAACCAAAAGCUCCUGUAAAUCCACUCACCCCUGAUGUUAAUGAUUUGUUUGGUUCAGAUUUCUUUGGCAGUAGUUCAUUACCUGACCCAGUUACCUCCAGGCAGAAAGAAAAGCUUCCUGUGAAUGAAGCUUUGAACCAGCCGAGGGAAGAGGUUAAUAAACCUUCAGCUUCUGUCUUUGAUGCUGAUGGUAGCGAUGAUGAUCUCUUUAAAUCAGUGAAGGAACAACACAAGAAGACAUUCAAACCUACAUCUCUGCUACAUGAUGAGCCUGACGAUGAUCUCUUUGGAACACAGAAACCUCCAAAAAAAGUAGACGUUCAGCCUGUUCCACCCAAAGAAAUUAAGGCCAGAGCAGACCUAUUUGAGGAUGACAUAUUUGCAGCAGAAUCCAUUAAGCCAGUAAAGAAGCCUAAAGAGAAGAAAGCAGCGUCUGAAGCAAAUCUCUUUGAUGAUAAUUCCGAUAUUUUUGCUGAUUUAACACACAAACCUAAGGAGAAGAAAUCAAAAAAGAAAGUGGAGGCCAAGUCCAUAUUUGAUGAUGAUAUGGAUGAUAUAUUUUCAACCUCUGUCUCCAGCACAAAGAAAAGCAAACCAAAAGACAAGUCCACUCCUCCAACAUCUGAAACAAAGCAGGACACUAAAGUUUCCACCAAGUUUGACGAUCCAUUAAAUGUUCUUGGUAAAUGA